AAAAACGGCCAACAUUAUUCAAUCUCAACCGUUCGGUUUUUGCCAGAGUAAACGUGAAAACUCGGGGUACACUCUGGUUGGCCAUUUUGAUAUUGUAGUCUGGAGUUUGCGUGUUUUGGCGAGCUUGCUAGUUAGCGAAAUAAACUCACCAGUGGCUUUAGCUAGUUAACUAUACAUUUUCUCCAUACACAACAAAGAUUAACGCUAUGGUAUCUGUAAAACGGGAGCGAGAAAUUGACUUGGAAGACGAUGAAGUACCUGUGAAAAUUGGCCGUUCGUCCGAGGACCGCAGAAGUCGCCAUUGUCCCUACCUCGACACAAUCAAUAGGAGUGUACUGGACUUCGAUUUUGAGAAGCUAUGCUCCAUUUCCCUCUCCCACAUCAAUGUAUACGCCUGUCUCAUCUGUGGGAAAUACUUCCAAGGUAGAGGUCUGAAGUCCCAUGCCUACACUCACAGUGUGCAGUUCACCCACCAUGUGUUCCUCAAUCUGCACACCCUCAAGUUCUACUGUCUACCAGAUAACUACGAGAUCAUUGACUCAUCGUUGGAAGACAUCACGUAUGUACUGAAGCCCACAUUCACCAGACAGCACAUCUCUGGAUUGGAUAAGCAGGGAAAGCUGUAUCGAGCCUAUGAUGGCACCACCUAUCUGCCUGGCAUCGUAGGGCUCAACAACAUCAAGGCUAAUGACUAUGCUAAUGUGGUGCUGCAGGCCCUGUCCAAUGUGCCCCCACUGCGGAACUACUUUUUGGAAGAGGAGAAUUACUGCGGCAUCCGUAGGCCGCCGGGUGACAUCAUGUUCCUGCUGGUGCAGCGAUUCGGUGAGCUGAUGCGCAAGCUGUGGAACCCACGGAACUUCAAGGCCCAUGUGUCGCCCCACGAGAUGUUGCAGGCCGUAGUGCUGUGCAGCAAGAAGAACUUCCAGAUCACCAAGCAAGGGGAUGCUGUGGACUUCCUGUCAUGGUUCAUGAAUGCUCUGCACGGUGCACUGGGAGGAACCAAGAAGAAACCCUCAAGCCUUACCAAAGUGUUCCAGGGUUCCAUGCGUAUCUUCUCCAAGAAGCUUCCUCACCCAGAUUUGCCACCAGAAGAGAAGGUGGCUCUGCUUCUGAAGGAGGAGUACCAGGAGGAGAUGUCUGACACCACCUUCCUCUUCUUGACCCUUGACCUCCCCACAGCUCCGCUGUACAAGGAUGAGAAGGAGCAGCUCAUCAUCCCACAGGUCCCCCUCUUCAACAUCCUGGCCAAGUUCAAUGGCAACACAGAGAAGGAGUAUAAAACAUACAAAGAGAAUUUCCUCAAGAGGUUCCAGUUGCUCAAGCUGCCCCCCUAUCUCAUCUUCUGCAUCAAGAGGUUUACCAAGAACAAUUUCUUUGUGGAGAAGAACCCCACCAUUGUCAACUUCCCCAUCACGAACGUAGACCUUCGUGAGUAUCUGACAGAGGAAGCACAGGUCACAGAGAAGAACACAACCUAUGACCUGGUGGCCAAUGUGGUGCAUGAUGGGAAGCCCACUGAGGGGGCAUACAGAAUACAUGUCCUGCAUCAUGGCACUGGGAAGUGGUACGAGCUCCAGGACCUGCAGGUGACAGAUAUCCUGCCCCAGAUGAUCACACUGUCAGAGGCUUACAUUCAGAUUUGGAAAAGAAGAGAGAGCGAAGAUGACACAACUAACCACACUGGGGCAUGAAUGAGGCAUUUAAUGAGCAUUGAUCAUAUUUAAAGAUUGAUUGUACAGGAAAGAGCUGUCACUCGCUGGCUAGUGGUCAGACAGUAUCCAGUGGAAUUGGAUACUGUCCAAGAUGACCUCCGGGUAAGCCCACACCACAUGAGGACCAGGACAUUUUAUUUGAGGAUUUUGGCUAUAGCGAAAACAAUGAUGUUUACUAUUUUUUGUUUUUCACUUACAUUUUUAACUGUAAAUGGUAGAUUAAACCAGUUUUGGCUUUUC